CCCCACUCCAGGCCCUACAUGGCUCGUUUAGAAAUUAAGAGUGGCUCAAAAACUAGUUAUUGUGGAGGGUUCCUGAUUCGUCCAGACGCAGUGCUCUCAGCAGCUCACUGUGUGGAUAAAAUAGGGACAGUGAGGGUCACUGUGAUUCUGGGAGCCCACGACGUGACCAGCCGCGAGCAAAGCCAGCAGAAGAUCCGUGUUGGACAAUGGGUCAUCCAUCCCGACUAUCAGUCAUCCCCUGAUUACGUUAAAAAUGACAUUGUGCUGCUGAAGCUGAAGCCAAGGGCCAGGAUCAAUGAGAAUGUGCAAUUUAUCUCCAUACCCAGGAGAAAUGAGCAUCUGAGAGAAGGAGCUUUAUGUAGGGUGUCUGGCUGGGGCUUGACAUCUGACACAGGGAACAGGAGUAAUGUGUUGAGGGAGGUGGAACUGAAGGUGCAAAAGGAGGAAAUAUGUCAGCAGCUUUUCAAAAACUACCAGCGUCAGUCCAUGAUCUGUGUUGGUGAUGAAUACAGUAAAAAAGCAUCAGGCAGGGGUGAUUCUGGUGGCCCAUUAGUCUGCAAGAAGAAGGCUCAUGGCAUUGUUUCUUAUGCACGUAAACGCCACCGCUUCCCUGAGGUAUUCACGAGGAUCUCAUACUUUGAGCCCUGGAUACGUGAGCAGCUGAGGAGAUUUGCACUCCAAGAUAUUCCUUACUCUCCAUUCUCUGAUUAAAAUGCUCAGUGCCCUUCUCCACAAUGCAUCAAGAAGCCCCCAGGAGCAGCUGAAGUGGAGUCAGAGAAGUCCCCGUGGUGCAGGCACAGCUUUGGCACUAAGGAGAGUGUCCGUGGCAAGGUCCAAAUGCAGGUCCCAA